AUGUCAAACGACGACGACUAUGAAGAAUCAUUGAUCUCACAGUUUGAAACGACGCUCUCUAUUCGUCCCUCCAACAAUGACGAGGAUGAAGACUUAUCCAUAGACCACACGGUGUACUCAACCUAUACAGGUGUAGACCAGUCUGUGGUCAACAUUCAGGAAUUGGAAGAUGAAGAAGUCCUACUGGAGCAAAUUCCCAAAUUUAAAACCAAAUCGAACCGAAGGUUGUCCUUAUUACCAAAGGAAGCCACGAAAAAAUCGACGCUACCUUCUUCUGCAUCUGACUCCAGUAGGAGUGGAAGUAGGAAAUCUUCUCCGGCUCCCUCUGCUUCACCGUUUGACGAUAUCCUUGCUCCGUCGCCCCUAAUCGACUACUCAUUGUCUAGAUAUAACAAAAACUUCCAGUUAUUUUUGUCUACAAAUCCACACAUCUCGAAGGAAUCUCCCAAAUUUACUAAAGAGCUGGACAAGACCUUAAUUCUACUCUCGCCAUACUCAGCAGAACAUGCAUUUGGCAGGAAGUGGGUUACCAAGUCGUACCUAUCCACCAUAUUUGAAAGGCCACAGAGAUUGCUCGCAUCCUGUAUUGGGGUAGCACUGGCAAUCACGAUGUUUCCUUUUUUCUAUAGAUUGGAAAACUCCACUAAAAGAGGCUCCAUUUUAUCCUCGCAUGUCCGGAAAGUUCAUGGCAAGAAUUGGCCCAAAAAGUUGUACGAACUCUGCUUGGAAAGCCAUGAAAAAUUGGAAGCUGACAAGUUGGAAGUUCCUGAAGAUUGGAACACGGGAGAUAUUUAUUUGAAUCCCAGAACAAUUAACGCCAUCGAAGGUGUUAUUGGCACUUUAGAAAGUGCCGUAGACGCAUUGUACGGGCACCCUGAAAAGGAAUUCAAAGAGCCUAAAAAAUUACCCAAGAGCCCAUCAAGUAAUAGCAGCUCAGGCUCAUCAACAUCUUCAUCGUCAACAUCUCGGUCUGGCUCCAGAUCAAGAUCAUCAAGCUCAGGAUCUGAUUCAACUUCAGGAUCCAACUUAGCAUUUGUCGUAAUUAGACCUCCAGGGCAUCACUCUCAUGCUUGUCUUCCCUCUGGGUUCUGUCUUUUGAACAAUGUUCAAAUUGCAGCUGAGUACUCGUUUGAAAAGUACGCUGUCACACACGUUGCCAUCCUUGAUAUAGACCUACACCAUGGUGAUGGCUCACAAGAUAUUUGUUGGGAAAGAGCAGGAUUCACUGGAGACUAUGGGAAAGAAGAUGACGAUGAAUUUGAUGAGGAAAUGCUUAAAAAUAACCCGAGAAAUGACUAUGGGAAAAGAUUCGCUACGUACCCGAAGGUUGGCUAUUUUUCCCUUCAUGAUAUUAAGUCAUAUCCAACUGAGUUGGGUUUCGCAACUAAAGACAAUAUCAAGAAUGCAUCUACUUGUAUUAUGGAUCACGAUUUAAAUAUCUGGAACGUACAUUUGCAAGAGUGGCUGACGGAAGACGAGUUUUAUAAGCAUUAUCAGACUAAAUACGUUGCCAUUUUGAAUAGAGCGAACCAGUUCCUUAAUCAAUCCAAAAAGCAGUAUGAACAAGACUUUCAGGCAUAUUUAAAUCAAUUGGGUAACUAUAACAAGUAUCUACAAAAACCACAUUUAUUUGGUGCACCAGUUACUAAACCAGUUGUGCCUCCGCCUUUCAAGCCUUUGAUUAUGAUUUCCGCGGGAUUUGACGCACUGGAGUAUGAAAACCCUCAAAUGCAAAGACAUGGAAUUAAUGUUCCAACUUCGUUUUACUCCAGGUUUACCAAAGAUGUCGUGAAAUUGGCCAAAAUACAUACCAAUGGAAAGGUGAUCUCUGUAUUAGAGGGAGGAUACUCAGAUGGAGCAUUGACUACCGGGGUUUUCUCGCAUCUCAUUGGAUUAACUAAUGACGAAGAAAGCGAUAAUUUGUGGAACGAAACUUGGGGUACUGAACAAGUGAUGAAAGAGUUGACGAAGGGCUGCAAAAAGAACUGGACACCUUAUAAAAAGCCUCAAAGCGAUGUUACCAUAUGGGCGAAUGAGGUUAUUAAGUUGGGUAGAUCGAUGAUGCCUAAUUGUAUAUUGCCAGCCAACUACGUGUACAAGUUCGUCGAUCCAGUUCAAGAAAAGGAGAACGUGGGAGUCAGUAGUAUGGUCAAGGAAUUACAAAAGGACAAUCAGAGGUAUGAGACCAUUGGGGGAGGAGUGAAUUAUUCAGAGGAUGAUAGAAGAAGAGUAACCAGAUCACAUUAUAGAAAGAAGGAGGUCUAA